AUGUAUGUAGACGAUGUCCUUUCGGGAGCUGACUCUGCUGAAGAUGCUCAGCUCACAAUAAAGGAGUUACAGAGUGCCCUAGACUCUGCGGGCUUUCCGUUAAGAAAAUGGACGUCCAACAACAAAGAGGUGUUAGCUCAUAUCCAAGCCGGUCAUCUUCUGAACAGUGAUUUCCUUGAUCUCGACACUGAGAGUACAGCCAAGACUCUCGGUGUACGGUGGAGAGCGACGUCCGAUGAGUUUUUCUUCGUCCCCCCAGAUCUACCCACAGAAAUCUCCCCCACAAAACGCCAGGUGCUUUCCCAAAUUGCCAAACUGUUUGAUCCAGCAGGCUGGCUCGCUCCAUUUGUUGUGUGUGCCAAGAUCUUUAUGCAAGAGAUUUGGCUUCAGGAGCUGGGGUGGGACGAUAAGCUGCCAUCUGAGUUGUGCCAAAGGUGGCACAGUUUUCUUCAGAGCUAUUCGGUCCUUGAUCAGGUCCGGAUUCCAAGAUGGGUUUCCUUUCGCCCAGAAUUCCGCUUAGAGCAUCAUGGAUUUUGUGAUGCCUCGCAGAAAGCCUACGGCGCUGCGAUCUACGUGCGCGUAGAGAUGGGACAUACCACGAUGGUACACCUGCUCACCGCCAAGACGCGUGUUGCGCCAGUCAAAACUGUGUCGCUUCCUCGCCUAGAGCUGUGCGGAGCUUUACUGCUAGCCGAAAUGGCUGAAGCGAUCCUUCCCAGCAUGCCGAUGCUGAAUUCGAGUCUCCACUGCUGGACCGAUUCCACCAUUGUAGCGUUGCGGGUCCUCGCGUAUGUCCAGCGUUUUAUCAAUCGGUGCAAGAAACAAUCGCCGCUUUCAGAGAUCCGUCUGGAGGCCAAGGAACUUGUCGCCGCCGAACGGCUCAUGAUUCUCUGCACUCAGCGCAGGUAUUUAACGAACGAGUAUCGCUGUUUGAGUCAGAAGCUUCCGGUGCCCCCUUCCAGUUCGAUCCUCUUCUUAAACCCUUUCCUAGAUCAGGAGGGGCUGAUAAGGGCAUGUGGCCGUGUCACAGCCUCUGAAAGUUUGCGUUACGAUGAACGACAUCCGAUAAUCCUCCCGUACGAAUGUUCACUCUCUCGGCUUCUGGUAAAGUUCACCCAUCUCAUUACGCUACACGGGGGUAAUCAGUUGGUGGUACGUCUCACCCGUUCCAGAUAUUGGGUUCCGAGAGUUAAAAACUUGGUGAAGGCAGUUAUCAAUGCCUGCAAGGUCUGCGUGAUCUACAAAAAGCGAUUGCAAAGUCAGAUGAUGGGAAAUUUGCCAAGAGAACGAGUGUCAUUCUCCCGUCCAUUCACGUACACGGGUAUGGACUACGCAGGGCCCUUCGACAUAAAGAAAUACACUGGCAGAGCCUGCCUUAUUACUAAAGGGUAUGUGUUGGUUUUCGUUUGCUUCUCCACCAAGGCUAUCCAUUUGGAGCCUACUUCAGAUCUGACGACCGAUCUGCGGCAUUCGCUCGGUUCGUAUCCAGAAGAGGGUGUCCUCGCCAAGUGCAGUCGGACAAUGGGAAGACCUUUGUUGGCGCUGCCACAUUACUGUCCCGAGAUUUUCUCCAGGCCGUUAAAGAGUCUGUGA